AUAGGAAACCACAAAAUAUUCGUGGACUAGAUCUAAAUCAGGAGCCCAGAUGAACUUACCGAAGCUAGCAUGGGAUUCUUAGUUUUUCAAGAUCCAAACACACCAAACCCUUAAUCACCACAACUCCAGUGACCAGGCUUUCUCCGUGUUUGUGAGGAUUUAGCGAAACUCAGGUGAUGGAAAAGCAAAGGACUUAAUUACUCAUCUCGAUAUCAUCUAACAUCAAUGGGAAAGUGAACCAGAUGGUGGUACAGCCAUGGAAAGAAAUUCAACUGUAUGGAAGGACCUAAUAGAUGAACACCCAGUCUGCACACACUGGAAGCAAGAGGCCGAGGGAGCCAUUUAUCAUCUUGCCAGUAUUUUUUUGGUAGUCGGUCUUAUGGGUGGCAGUGGGUUCUUCGGACUCCUCUAUGUCUUCAGUUUGCUGGGGCUGGGCUUUCUCUGCACUGCGAUCUGGGCUUGGGUAGAUGUCUGUGCCGCCGACAUCUUCUCCUGGCAUUUUGUGCUCUUCAUCAUCUGCUUCGUGCAGUUUGUUCACAUUGCGUAUCAAGUGCGCAGCAUAACCUUUGCCCGAGAAUUCCAGCUGAUGUACAGCUCCAUUUUCCAGCCUCUGGGGACCCCUGUGCCCGUCUUCAGAAUGAUUGCUCUGAGCUCUGAAGUGGUUACUUUGGAAAAGGAGCACUGCUAUGCCAUGCAGGGAAAAACCUCCAUUGACAAGCUCUCUCUGCUUGUUUCAGGAAGGAUCAGAGUGACAGUUGAUGGCGAAUUUCUGCAUUACAUUUUCCCCUUCCAGUUCCUGGAUUCUCCUGAAUGGGACUCACUGAGACCCACCGAGGAAGGCACUUUUCAGGUAACCCUAACAGCAGAAACUGAUUGUCGGUAUGUGUCAUGGAGGAGAAAGAAAUUAUAUUUGCUCUUCGCUCAGUAUCGUUACAUCUCCCGCCUGUUCUCAGUUUUAAUUGGCAGUGACAUUGCAGAUAAACUCUAUGCCUUGAAUGACAGGGUAUAUAUAGGAAGAAGAUACCACUACGAUAUACGGUUACCCAACUUCUAUCAACUUGCAGGUCCUGAAAAGCCCAGAUCACCCCUGAUAAGACAUUUUCGAAAUUCCAGACAACACUGUGAUAAAUGACAUUGAAGUCUGAAGUUUUAUAAUUAUAAAAAAAAGACUCUCUUCAUCAUUCCCCAAAAUAGCAAAAUACAGAAAAUUGAGAUCAUUAAUAUUUUUUAUAAAUCAAACUCAGAGGCAAUAUGCCAUUGCCAGCUGCUUUAUUCAUCUCAACUUCUGCAUUGUGAAUAAAUUUUACCAAUUUUUCUGUA